CAAGAUGGCGGCCGUCAGUGUGCAGAAUGAGGUGAUUGAGGAGGAUCUGCCUAAAGCAGUGCAGCUACUCAACACGCUCACGCAACAGGUUGCAUUUGUUACUAGCCAUGUUCGGGAGUUGAUAAAGAAAGUCCAGAAUAAAACCUAUCCCACGUCUAAGGGUUUGUCCUUUCUGGACCUGCGAUACCACCUGCUGUUAUUUUACCUUCAAGAUGUUGUACAUUUGAUGAGCGUUAAAGCAAAUGGUCAAAGUUUGAAAGACAACUAUGCCAUCCAUAGGCUGGUCACCAUAAGAACGGUUCUGGAGAAGAUGCGUCCUCUUGAUCAGAAGCUAAAAUAUCAGAUUGAUAAAUUGAUGCGCACUGCUGUAACUGGCAGUCUGGCUGAGAAUGAUCCUUUAUAUUUCCGUCCGAAUCCCGAGAAUCUUGUCAGCAAGCUUGAUCAGUCUGAGGAAUCUGGUGACGACAGUGAUGAUGAUGAUGACGACAACGACAAUGAUGAUGAUGGAAAUAAAAAAGAUUCUGAGACAAAGGCGGCCCCCAAAGCCAGGAAAUACGUCCCGCCAAAGAUCGCCCCAAUGCAUUAUGAUGGUGAUUUAACGGAAGCUGAUAGGCAGAAGGAGCUUGUGGAAAAACGCAGGAAAGCGGCGUUCCGUAGUUCAGUGAUUGGGGAACUCCGGCAGCAGUACAGCGAUGCGCCAGAGGAAAUCCGCGAGCGCCAAGACUUCCAGACUGAGCGAGACAUCCGAGAGGAACAGCACAGGAAAAAGUAUGAGGAGUCUAUGAUGGUGCGUCUGAGUGUCUCACGAGAUCAGAAGGCCAAGAAAAGACGCAUGAUGGGAAUGUCCUCACAGCUGAAGAGCAUCACACACUUCGGUGACAUCACAGCACUGACUGGCGGAGAGGCACCGGAUUUGGAUAAUCCCAGACCCAAGAAGAAAAAGAAAUUACUGAAGAAGAACAACAAAAAGAGGAUGUUCAAGAAACGCAAGUAGAGCUUCUCUACAUCUGGAUUGAGACAAGAUGAUUUUCAUUAGCCUACAUCUUUGAAAUAAAAAUAAUCAACCCCAUUUUCUAGUUUGGUCAGUGAUCUUUACAGUUAUGAUCUAUUAGAGGUGUUACAAAGGGGGAAAAAGACCUUGAAUUAAAUUCGUCCUUAUUUCAAAGAUCAAUGAAUAGGCAAAAUAAGGCUGGUUUUUGAAAAUCAAAAGAAUAAACAAAACGAACAAACCCAAGCAAUGCUUCACCCAACAGGAGGCAACACUAGUUAAUACAUACAUACAUACAUACAUACAUACCCACCCACCCUAUGGAGCACUUGCAUGUGACGUCACAGCCGAUCCAGAUUGUGACGGACGCCAUCUUGUCGGUCAAACGCCAUAUUCCGCCUUCUACUUCUACUUCUGGGUCUACUUCUGCUUUUACUUCUACCUUUUCUUCUGGAAAACCCUACUAUAUACAAUUCUACUACAACGGCUGCGGCUACAAGCUCUCCCUACCUGUGCACGUUUUUUAUGGUUUUUGUGUGUAUUUUUGCGUGUUGUUCGUCUGUACCGGACUUCAAUAUCCACUACAACCGUAUGGACUUAGUGGACAUUGGUUUCCAGCAGAAAAUGACGGUUUGUAGCGAUUUCCAUCGCAUGCACAACAUUUCCGGAUGAGAAAAAAAAAAAAAACAUUCCGGACGAGAUAGUGAGACCAGCGGGGUCUCCGUGGAUUGUUAUCGGAAGCAAAGCGAAGGAGGCGGCGCCGGGAGCGGAAGCAAAAGCGAGGCUGCAGGCAGAGCCGGCCUGUUGACUAAGCUCAGAAAACAGCUACUCAAAUCUCCACUGCUAAGCCUCUACUUCUCCAACGCCAGAUCCAUGUAAACAAGACGGACGAUUUGGAAUUACAGCUGGAAUUACCUUAUUCUAUUCUAUAAUUGGCUGGUCAGUGCUAUACUCAAUACUUAAGUGACUUACCCAUCCAAUGAGGAUUCUUGUUUACAAGAUGCCACAUCUGAGUCGCUGACAAAUCCUGAAUUUCUGUAAAGAUAACUGUCCAGAGAUUUAUAAGCACGCAGUGCUUCACCACUGAACAGCGAGGGAAAGUUAAUGAGGUAAUUAUACACGUCCGGGUAUUCCGCUGGCAGUUCAAAAUCCGGUCGUGAAAACUCCGUCCGGAAAGCCAUAAGGGUCACUAAUCUGUAGAUCAUUUAUUUUAGACAUAUAUCUAGUUAUCUGUUCAUUAGAAAAAUGAGCCGUGUAGUCCGUCGGUUGAAAUUGAUCCAUUCUGUACACGAGUGCAGCAGUAUUCAGCGGUAUUUUUGACCGACAAGAUGGCGGUUGUGUACUUUCCGGUCACGUGACUGCAAGAUCUCUAUAGGUGUUCCAGGGGACAAUAAACAUGACAUUUUCUCAAGAUUAUUCCUGAAGGGGACAUCAAAAGGACACCACCUUCUUUUGAAACGAAGCAAGUAAUGGCUUGCUUUAUUUAUAUAUAAUUUUUUUUUUUUUUUGUGCGCACGCGACUUCAAUUCUGUGCUGUUCUGCUCACCACUGUUGUAAAGAGUGCUUAUUUGAGUUACUGUAGAUGUCCUGUCAUCUCAAACCACUCUGGUCAUUCUCAUCUGUCUGCUCUCAUCAGCAAGGAGUUUCCACCCCUAGUGUGUGUGUGCACGCGCGCUCUGUGUAAACUGUACAGACUGUUGUGUAUGAAACUCUCAGGACUCAGACCUGCCCUUCUAUUACCACAGACACAGAUCACACUUUUUCUUCAUUCUGGUGUUUGAUGAGAAUGUUAAUUGAAGUUCUUGGCUUCUAUCUGUCUGGUUAUAUGCGUCAUGCUGCUGCCACAUGAUUAACUGUUAGAUAACUGCAUGAAGGUAUUGGUGUUCCUAAUAAAGUGGAUGGUGAGUGUAUGUAGUCUGUUUUAUCUAUCAGGGUCUCAUGAGACGAGAAUGUUAAAUAGAGAUGCAUGACGGGUGUGUCCUCACAGCUGAAGAGGACAUUCUCAUCUGUCUGCUCUCAUCAGCAAGGUGUUUCCACAUCACCACAUAGCAUCGGCGGAGAGGCACCAGUGAUGCCUCUUUGACCAACAAGGAACAGGUUCUUGAACUGGUUCUGUUCAGGAUUCUUUGAACCUUGGUGCCAGUGUGGUGAUUUUAUAUUCUUAAAGUAAUCACGUAAGAAUUUGGUUUAUGAUUGUAUUUUGAUUCAAAGCUAGUUGUGUUGAUUUUCAGUAAAGAGUUAAUGAAGUUAUUACAGAUAGACUGGUCAAAGCUUUAUACUGUUAAUGGAACCCUGAAGCAUGUGUUAAAUUAGAAAUAAUCUUAUACUAGAACCAAGCCUUAUUUGGAUGUGUAUUAUUGGAAAUAAGUCUUGUUUGGAUACAUAUGUCACUUAGCACAGGUGGUUUGUUUUAAUGUUAAGACUAAUCAGGGAAGUCUCUCCUUGAACUAAGAACAGUGCAGUUCACUUUGGGGCUAUUGGAAAAGAGAGGUGGAAAUGUAUCCUUAUAUAGUGUAAGUCUGGCAUUGGUGGAAUACUGUAAAAAUGGAUGAUUUGAGAUUUGGAACCAGUUCACGCUGCAGACUGUACUUUCCCUUUGUUAACUGAUUUAAUAAAAGGUCUAAACAUUUCUGCAA